UUGUGUUAUUUUCUUUCAUUAAGGGAUAAUGGACAUUGAAGCAUAUUUUGAAAGAAUUGGGUAUACAGACUCUAGGAGGAAAUUGGACUUGGAAACAUUGACUGACAUCCUUCAACACCAGAUCCAAGCUAUUCCCUUUGAGAACCUUAACAUACAUUGUGGAGAUGCCAUGGAGUUUGGCUUAGAGACUAUUUUUGAUCAACUUGUAAGGAAGAAGCGAGGUGGAUGGUGUCUCCAGGUCAAUUACCUCCUGUACUGGGUUCUCACCACAAUGGGUUUUGAGACGACAAUGUUGGGAGGUUAUGUUUACAACCCACCAACUGAAAAAUACAGCAGCCGCAUGAUUCACGUCUUGUUGCAGGUGACCAUCGACAGCAAGAACUACGUUGUCGAUGCUGGAUUUGGAUGCUCCUACCAGAUGUGGCAGCCUCUGGAGCUAAUUGCUGGGAAGGACCAGCCUCAGAUACCCUGCAUCUUCUGCUUGAGGGAAGAGGAAGGAAUCUGGUACCUAGACCAAAUCAGAAGAGAACAGUACAUUCCAAGCCAAGAAUUUCUUAAUUCUGAUCUCCUGGAAAACAAAAAAUACCGAAAGAUAUAUUCUUUUACUCUUGAGCCUCGAACAAGUAAAGACUUUGAGUCUGUGAAUACAUUCCUUCAGACAUCUCCAAUGUCUUUGUUUACCAACAAAUCUUUUUGUUCUUUGCAGACACCAGAAGGGGUUCAUUGUUUAGUAGGUUUCACCCUCACCUCUCGGAAAUUCAAUUAUAAGGACAAUAUGGAUCUGAUAGAAUUUAAGACACUGAAUGAGGAAGAGAUAGAAGAAGUGCUGAAGAAUCUAUUUAGCAUUUCCUUGGAGAAAAAACUUGUACCCAAACAUGGUAACCAUUUUUUUACAAUUUAA